ACACAGACACAGACCCCGAUAGCAGGUGCCGGGAAACAACAAACACGUCUUGAUCUGUGUGUCUGUCACCUUUUGCACUCUUCCCUGGUGGUAAUACAUUGGUACAGUGAUAAACAUGGUGUCGGGUACCUUAAAGAACCUGUACUGGACUUCGUUUAGCCAGGCAGCGUCCCUAGAGGCGGGGCUGCUGGCGGUGGGCAACGGCGAGGGCAAGAUUAUUGUAUACGACCUGUCUGGUGUGUGCAGCAGCCGGGAGAGUGGCGUUGGCGAGCGGCUCAAGAGUCCCUGCAAUGUGAUCAGCGCCCACAGUGAUGCUGUGUAUGCCAUGGUGGCCACCGAGGGAUUCUGUGUGUCCGGCACCACGGGCCAGAUCAGUGGUCGACGGUGGGAGGAUAUGAAGCAGGGACAGGUGCCGCCCGCCUGGAGCUUCUCUCUAGAGUGUGACCAGGCCAACUUUGGGACGCCUGAGGUGAACAGCCUGGCCCACGACCCGCAGCGAGGCCUCCUGUACGCAGCAUGUGGUGACUGGCGCACACAUGUUUAUGAUCUGGAGACCGGGAAACGCACACACACACUGGAGGGCCACGAGGAUUAUGUGCACAAGGUGGUGGUGGGUACAGGCGGCAGCAGCAACAGUCCUCUUGUGGCCAGCGGUGGCGAAGAUGGCCAGGUGUUGGUGUGGGAUCCUCGUGUGGGCCGGGAGCCAAGACACCGCCUGGCCCCACACACCCAACCCCAGCUAGCUCGUCCAUCCCAGGGCCGGUUCGUGGCCACCUUAGACCUGACUGGGGACUGGCUGGUGUGUGGUGGAGGGCCCCGUGCAGGAAUCUUCCACCUCAAGUCCCUGGCUCUCACCACAGUGCUUCCCCCUGCCGCCCCCACUAUCCACGUCACCAAGUUCACCCGCUAUGCCGAGGGGGGUGACCGAGGAGGAAUUGUUGUCGCUGGUGGGUCACCCUUUCACCCUGACUCCCAACGGGUGUCGCCGCAGCUAACAGUGUGCAGCAUGGCAGGAAUGGUCACUGCUCAGCUCCCCGCCUCCUCCCCCUGCAUCUACACUGUUAACGUCACUGACAAACCCUUCACGAUGAUGACCUACGGAGGAACAAGCACCAAACUGGACGUGUGCUUUAACCUCAACUAUCGCGACCACACCGUGUCCCUCGUCGAUGAGUGACCACCACCACCAUCACCAUCACCCCCUUCACCACCAUACAUUCCCGUCACCACCACCACUUGCACCAGUAUUGAUGGAGAGUAAGUGAAAGGCAGCAGGUGGAUAUGGCACUAAGGAUCAAGUGGCAGAUUAGAUAGUGCCAAAUAGGAGUAACUAGUGAAAGGAAUUGCUAGUCGGGUGUCAUAUUGCACUGGCUAGCUUUACAAGAGUGUCAAGUGAAGAGUGCCAAACAUGAGACUAAGGCCCAUAUCCUGAAACACUUCCAUGCCACACCUUCACUAUUUUCUACAGGCUGUAGUUGAAGUGACACAGGUGUUUAAGGGUGUUUAUGAAAUUUUAGUGACAUAUUAACAAGUUUUCUGCAGUACCAACAGGACAAAUACUCUUUGCAACUCAACUAAUUGUCUCUGUAGUCUUUGAAAAUGGUUGCGGUGAGAGAGGGAAGUGUUUCUAAAUAUGGUGCUAUUUGGUACUGUGACAGGUGAGGAAAGGAAUGAGCAAAUAAGGUUCAUUACAAGUAGGUGAUGCAGUGUUGGUGAGAUGAGAGAGAAUGCUGCUCCCACUGUCGGGAAAGCAGCCAUCUUAGCAUCAUAAGCAUCAAACUCUCAACUCUGACCUUGAAUUAAGCACUGUAUUGCCACGACGAUGUGUAUUUGUGUGUAUGCAAUAAACUUCAGAUUUUUGUAA